AUGUGGAUCACAGACCUUCAGGCCGGAAAUCCGCGCAUACCUGCUACCCCGGCCCUCGCCGUCUGCUCCGCUCUCGCCGCCAAUGCCAAGUGGGGUCAUGGGGACCCGCGCUGGAUCAUGGAGGAGCAGGAGAAUGGGACCAACGUGAACAACUGGCACUGGACAGAACAGGAUGUCACCGUUUGGUUCAAGGGGAAACUCCGAGAAUUCCUGGUUAGCAUUUCUAUGGAAAAUGUGGCUGGCCGAUGUGAGAUCAGCGAGUUAAAGCAGGUGGAAGGUGAGGCCUCUUGUAACAGCUGCAAAGGGAUGCUGAUUUUCUUCUAUGAGUGGAAUAUAAAGCUGGCCUGGAAAGGUAAAAUUAAAGAAUCAGGAGCAAAACACAAGGGAUUAAUUGAAAUACCCAGCCUUUUUGAAGAAAAUGAAGUUGAUGACACUGAGGUAAAAUUGAGUAAAAAGAAAGGAUAUGGGGAUAUACUGGAGGACCUUAUGAAAACUACAGGCACCGCCAAGGUCAGAGAGGCCCUUGGAGAGUACCUGAAGGCACUUAAGAUGGAAUUUACAACAGUAAUGAUUUUACUAACGAAAGCUGUAGCAACCCAGGAGCUGACUGUUGAGAGGGAAGUGAGCGGGAGCACGGCUUCUCCAGUGGCACUGGAUUUAAGUAUUCCCACAGUAGCUUUGCACCUGACAGAGCUGUUUGACACAACAAUAGAACAAAUGUACAGUAUUUUCACUGUGAAAGAUUUGAUGCAGAGAUUUUUCAAAUCUCCUGCUGUAUUAGAAUUUGAAAAGGAAGGGAAAUCCCAGAUGUUUGAUGGGAACAUCACUGGAGAAUAUGUGGAACUGUUAAGAAAUAGGAAGAUCAUUAUGAAAUGGAGGAACUGGCCAGAAGAACACUGCAACAGUUGCAUUGAAUUUUGUGCCUGCUCCAGUGCAAAUGGAAUUACAAUUGGACUGUAAAGGAGUUCCUGUCUGUAAAGAAGAGAAUACAAAAUUCCGUUGGCAGAAGCAGCAUUUUGAAGAAAUAAAAGGUCUACUUCAGCUCACUACCCAGAAUGCUUGAACUAGUUCGGUUUUAUAAGGACAUCCUUUUGUAA